AUGGUCAAAGCAUAACAGAGCCAAAUUUAGAAAUAAAAAAAAUUAAAGAAAGAAAAUGAUUUAAAGGAUCUACUUAACGAAAUUGAAAAAAAGAAUUAAAUUUUGAGUGAAUUCAGAAAUAAAGCGGAUAAACUUCAAUCAAUAAUAAAAAAUCAAAUAUAAAAAAUCAAAAUCUACCAAAGAAUGCUCAAUCGAAAAGGGGAAUUGCCAGUAACAACUUAAAUCAGAGAAGUAGUCAUUCUGCUGUUGACUAAAUAAAGAGAAUAAAUUGAUCUUGCAUUUCAAUAAUAUGAGGAUUAAUUAAAAGAAUUAUAUUGUUAAAUUGAAUAUUUUAAGGAACAAAAUAAUAACUUAUCUGAGGAGAAUAAUAAAUUACAAAUUAAUUAUCAAAUAUUCUAAAUUAAAGAGGAGAAUGAGGAAAUCAAUUGCAUGAAGAAUUUGAAAAUUAAAUCAUAUCAAUCAAAUUUUUAUGAAGGAAAACCAACACCUUAAAUAAUAGCGUAAAUCUCCAAAUAUCCAAACACAUUUAAAAUCCAUAGAUGGAGAGAGCUUAGUUCAUUUUAAAUCAAUAUAGACUGA